GUAGUUAAUGUUUUGAUUUCAAUCAUUCGAUAUUCAGUUCGAAAAGCCUUGGUGGAUCGGUACGGGCUGACUGCCGAUUUCUCAUUGGUCACUUUCUUCCAUCCGUUCUGCACAUCACGCGGAGGUGGUGAACGUGUCCUGUGGGCCGCAAUCAAAAGUAUGCAGUCAUACAAAUCCAAGCCGAUCGUGAUUGUGGUCUAUACGCAGGAUUCACAAUGCCUGACGAAUCGCAAACAGGUGCUCAAUGAAGUCAAGCAAACUUUCGGUGUCCAGUUAGACAGUAAAUUCCCACUUCACUUUGUUCUGUUGAGUACCACUCGACUCCUGACACCUCAAAUGUAUCCUGUUCUGACACUGGCUGGUCAAGCACUCGGUUCUAUGCUGGUUGCCUACGCACACUAUCCAACCGUGUCAGUCGAUAUGCUCAAUCGUCUUUCGGUCACCGGGGUGACUUACAAUAAUGCCUCAUGGAUUCGCAAUAGUCGUUUCAUGACUCGUGUCAAACUGUCCUAUUAUCGAUUGAUGCUUGGUGCAUAUAGCUGGGUCGGUUCUCCUACAAAUGUGGAUUGUGUGAUGACUAAUUCCACCUGGACACGCAACCACAUUCGCUCGUUAUGGACCGGCUAUCCGGUUAUUUUAUAUCCACCAUGUCCGACAGAGGACUUGGCUAUCAGCAGUUCUGGAAAAAGGCAACCAUGGAUCAUGUCAGUGAGCCAGUUUCGACCGGAAAAAAAUCACGAGGUUACUGGUGACCAUUCCUAUCGGCUGUUACUGAUCGGAGGAUGUCGCGAUGAGACGGACUCGGCACUUGCGACGCGAUUACGCGAACUCGUUCGUGUCCGGGGCUUGCAAGAUGUGGUUCAGUUCCACAUAAAUGUGUCAUAUUCCACACUGAAACGCUAUUUUUACCAGUGUAUGAUCAAUCUUCACACAAUGGUCGAUGAACACUUCGGGAUUGGUAAGUUUUCAGCACAAAUGAAACAUCCACAGACGAUGUGCACGAUUUCACAGAGCGAAAGCAUCCACACAAAUUUGAAAUUGGUCCGAACACUAUGUAGCACGUACCUCGAUGACCAUACAAGUCGUCUAGCCCCAAGAACACGCUCACCACAUACAGUGCGCGCCACAAACUCUAGUCGCCUUCUCCCAGCUACGGAAAUGAGAACACAAGCAACAAACGCUUACCUAAUACACCACAAGCAAGUCAAAUUUACAGCGUCAAUCUGUUUGUGUACUGUUCGGGUCUCCGGACAUCGACCCUGA